AUGUCGCCACCACCUGUUGGCACCGCGGUCUCGACCCACGGCCUUCACAGAGACGCUGGCAAUUACAGCCAAAUCUAUUCAGCGACCCGCGGCCUGCGGAGGCCGUCGGGUUUUCCCAAAUGGGACAUGCGCCUGCCAGGGAAGCUGGUCGCAUCUCGUCACACAACAUCUCGCGGUGACCGAUGGCAGCAGGCCUCCGAAGACGCUGUUCGGCAGGGAAUUUCCAUAUGCAAUUACAGCGUCGCUUCGUUUGAUACAUUAUACGACGAGCAGAAUGCCCUCUACUCCUCGCGACCGACAGACGUGCGGAACUUUCGCUGCACGUAUUCAUUUGCUACCUCCGAUGAUUAUCGCCUGGGUGGUAUCAUCCAUUUGGUCGACAUCGAGAGUCUGUGUGAAGGCCGCGGUGUUCACGUACUCCAAAAAAUGGCAAGACCAAAGGUGGCGCGUCUGAGGAGCCAACGCGAUUCAAGUGGCACCAUGGACGACGCCUCUCCAGACCGAGGCCCAGUGUUGCAGCACUGUAUGCUACCCACAAACGAGGAGGGCGAUGGCCAGGGGGCGGCGCACGAUUUAGUGAUAUUGGAUGUGCUGGGGAGACUGGAGCAGCAUAGGGCCACGAUCGCCCUGGAGCUGCGCCAGCGGCUGGCAGCGUGGAACACGGGUGAUCCUCAGAACUGGAGUGUCAGAGGGCAGAUCGUGGUGGACUUCAUAGAGAUGGCGAACCUCCUCAUGACGGCAGAUGCAUAUAUCUGCCGGGGCCAGCACAUCAUGGAGAUUCCUGCGCGGCAGCCUUCAAGUGCUUCAAGUGCGGCGCCCAGCAUCUCUCCAAGAAUACGAACCGCUCGUACAUCGGAAUCGCCGGAGACACCGCGGGCGGAGCAGAUCCUGAUGCCAAUCAUGCGCGCGGAAGCGUUCAACAUCACACAUCCUGCGUUCUGCCUACGGACCGGCGUAAAUGUGGAUCUAAACCUGCUGCAAUGGAACGGAAACCCCAUUUCGCUGUACGCUUUGCAUUGUGAGGUUCUGUGCCACGGUGGUGAAACGUUGAUCUCCCAGUUCGGUGUGUGGCCCGAUAUUGGCGCGAGGCUAGGUUUCGUGCAGAUCCCUAAAGACGCCUGGAAUAGGCCAGCUAUGUCAAGCCCCGACGUCGCGCAGCAUCUGCGGAACAUCUACGACAGUCAAUGGGUGCUGCUCGGGAUGAAAGACAGCCGGGUACCUCGAACUCUACACAACUGGCCGCUGGAGCAUUUGAGGCGGGGCCUACGCCGGCGUCGACAGCUGAUGCUACGGAUGGAUAAUCCUGCGAUGGCUAGCUAUGUAGCAGAGCGCCCCAGCCCCCUUGACCCGGCGAUCUCAGGCGGCGCCGCAACUAAAAAGUGGAACAUCGGCGGUGAAGAGUACCUACGAGCGUAUGAUGCCACAUUCACUUCGCACCGUCCUUUUAUGUUUCCUUUGUACUGGUAUCACGGUUUAUACCAGCUUUCGUGUUCGGGCGAGAUGACGGUGCCACGAUGGUGCCACCGUCACUCCUCGCGAUCCGAGUCGUCACUCGAGUCCAACUCCGCUCCGAAUCCA